GAGGGGCCGCCCCGAUCUGCGAGAUGUGGCGCAGCUGCGUGUCGCGGGGCCUCAGGGAGGCCAAGGCCGCCGCCGCAGCCGCCUCCAGGCGCCUCUCAUCUACUGCCGGGUCCUACACGGUGGUGGACCACACCUACGAUGCGGUCGUGGUCGGGGCUGGAGGCGCCGGGCUCAGGGCGGCGAUUGGGCUCUCAGAGCAUGGCUUCAACACCGCCUGCAUCACCAAGCUCUUCCCCACGCGGUCACACACCGUAGCAGCACAGGGAGGUAUAAACGCCGCUCUUGGAAACAUGAGCGAAGAUGACUGGAGGUGGCAUAUGUAUGAUACAGUCAAAGGAAGUGAUUGGCUUGGUGACCAAGAUGCUAUCCAGUAUAUGUGUAGAGAAGCGCCAAAAGCUGUUAUAGAGCUUGAGAACUAUGGAUUACCAUUUUCUAGAACUGAAGACGGGAAGAUUUAUCAGCGUGCUUUUGGAGGCCAAAGCUUAGACUUUGGAAAAGGUGGCCAGGCCUAUCGAUGCGCUUGUGCUGCUGACAGAACUGGGCAUGCUAUGCUACACACACUUUAUGGUCAAGCAAUGAAGCACAAUACUCAGUUUUUUGUUGAAUAUUUUGCGUUGGACCUUAUUAUGGACAAGGAAGGCACCUGCCAGGGGGUAAUUGCACUAAAUAUGGAGGACGGCACCCUUCACCGUUUCCGUUCAACAAAUACUAUUAUAGCAACAGGAGGUUAUGGCAGAGCUUACUUCUCAGCCACUUCAGCUCACACAUGCACUGGAGAUGGCAAUGCUAUGGUUGCACGUGCUGGGUUACCCCUUCAGGAUCUUGAGUUUGUGCAGUUCCAUCCUACAGGCAUUUAUGGUGCUGGAUGCCUCAUAACUGAAGGUUCCCGGGGUGAAGGUGGUAUUCUUAGGAACAGUGAAGGUGAGAGGUUCAUGGAACGAUAUGCCCCUACUGCAAAAGAUCUUGCAUCUCGUGAUGUUGUCUCAAGAUCUAUGACAAUGGAAAUUAGAGAAGGGCGUGGUGUCGGACCAUUGAAGGACCAUAUCUACCUGCACCUUAAUCAUCUUCCUCCAGAAGUUCUGAAAGAAAGGCUUCCUGGUAUAUCUGAAACUGCUGCUAUUUUUGCUGGUGUUGAUGUCACCAAAGAGCCUAUUCCUGUGUUGCCAACUGUGCACUAUAAUAUGGGUGGGAUCCCGACGAAUUAUCAUGGGGAGGUGGUGGAUAUCAAGGGUGAUAACCCAGACAAUGUUAUUCCUGGCCUGUUGGCUGCUGGAGAAGCAGCUUGUGCAUCUGUCCAUGGCGCAAACCGUCUCGGUGCAAAUUCACUUCUCGACAUUGUUGUAUUUGGGAGGGCUUGUGCAAAUAGGGUUGCUGAGAUUUCCAAGCCAGGAGCGACACAGAAACCUCUUGAAAAUGAUGCGGGAGAGAAGACCAUCGCUUGGUUGGAUAAGCUGAGAAACUCAAAUGGAUCAUUGCCUACUUCGAAGAUCCGCCUCAACAUGCAACGUGUUAUGCAAAAUAAUGCUGCCGUGUUCCGUACUGAGGAAACUCUCAAGGAAGGUUGUGAGCUGAUUAGUAAAGCACAAGAAAGUUUCCAUGAUGUGAAGAUCAGUGACAGAAGUCUCAUAUGGAAUUCAGACUUGAUAGAGACCAUAGAAUUAGAAAAUCUUCUAAUAAAUGCAUGCAUAACCAUGUAUUCAGCUGAGGCUCGCCAAGAAAGCAGGGGUGCUCAUGCUCGCGAAGAUUUCAAGACAAGAGACGACGAGAAGUGGAUGAAGCACACGAUAGGGUAUUGGGAGGAUGAAAAGGUUAGACUAGACUACAGGCCAGUUCACAUGAAUACCUUGGAUGAUGAAGUCGAGGCUUUUCCGCCAAAAGCUCGUGUUUACUAAUCUGGACAUGGCUGCCAUUGCUUCGGUUGUUUGAGAAGGGUAUAGCUUACAGUGUGGUAUUCUCCGAGUUGCAAUAAAUCAGGGACCAUCAAUUCUCUCAAAGCUUUUGGGAAUUGUAAUUUCAUCACCAAUAGCCAAUAUACUCUCCCUGUCUGGCGUAAACUUACUGAAAGCUUCUGAUGAUAUGUGUUACCCUUCAGUAGAAAUAAAGACAGAGACAAAAUUUUGAUGAGUUAUUUGAUACUGUAAAUAACCUGUUGCAUUACCUGCAAACGCAAUGGUUGUUCAGUCUGUGUUUUGUGGGCUUUUGU